AUGGACUUCAGAGAUGUGGCAAUGGGACUGAUGUUCUUAUCACUGACUACAGUUGGAAUUCUGGGAAAUUUCUCUCUGCUUCAUUAUUAUUUAGUCCAUUUCUGCAAUAAGCGCAAUUUAAGAUCCACUGAUUUGAUUCUCAGGCACCUGAUCAUAGCAAAUUCCUUGGUCAUUCUCUCUAACGGAAUUCCCCAGACAAUAGCAACUCUUGGACUGAAAAAUCACUUCAAUGGCAUUUUGUGCAAACUUACUUUGUAUAUUCAGCGAGUGGGCAGGAGUGUGUCCAUUGGCAUCAUGUGCCUCUUCAGCAUCUUCCAGCACAUCACCAUCAACCCCGUGAACUCCUAUUGGAAGGAUCUUAAAGGAAAAUGUCCUAAGUACAUCGGCUUCUCCAUUUCCCUCUGCUGGAUCCUGUACAUGGUGGUAAAUUCCAUUUUUCCUCUCUACGUGCUUAGCAAAUGGAGUAACAAAAAUGUGACAGAGAAAAGAGAUCAUGUGCACUGUUCUACCUCAGGGCAUGACAAAAUCACAGACUCUUUAUACUCAGCACUGUUCGUAUUUCCUGAAAUUGUCUUUUCUGUGCUCAUAAUCUGGUCCAGUGGCUCCAUGGUCCUCAUUCUGCACAGACACAAGCAGCAGGUUCAGCACAUUCACAGCAUCAAAGUUUCCCCCAGAUCCUGCCCUGAGUUCAGAGCUACCCAGAGAAUCCUGGUCCUGGUGGGCACUUUCCUGAGUUUCUACACCCUUUCCUCCCUAUUAAAUGUUUGUGUUACCAUUUCCUUUAAUCCCAGUUGGUGGUUGGUGAACACCAAUGUACUGAUCUCCAUGUGUUUUCCCACGGUCAGCCCCUUCGUUCUUAGGAACCAUGACAACAUUCUAUCUAGGCACUGCUUCUAA